CUCCUGCGGGCGAGGAAGGCGAGUGCCACAGCCAUGCUACGUAGCCUGGCCCGGGCCGCGGUCCUGGGGCUCAGGGUGCCCUGGGCUCAGUGGUCUAGGAAUUGUGCAGGGGUCCCAGCCCAUGUGGUGGACUUGCGCAGCGACACGGUAACCCGGCCAGGGCCGGCCAUGAGGCGCGCCAUGGCUGAAGCGGUUGUAGGAGACGAUGAUUACGGCGAAGACCCUACGGUCCACGAACUCCAGGAAAAGGCUGCAAAGAUGCUUGGGGUGGAGAGGACUUUGUUUGUGCCCACCAACACCAUGGCCAACCUCAUCUCUGUGAUGGGUCACUGCCGGCGCCGGGGUUCCCAGGUCCUCCUUGGGCAGGAAUGCCACCUCCACGUCUAUGAGCUGGGCGGGGUGGCUCAGAUCGCUGGGGUGCACUCCCACCCCCUCCCCGACCUGCCCCACGGCACCUUGGACUUGAAUGAGCUAGAGAGGGCACUCACCCGGGGCUUUGGGAGCAACUACCAUCCAGUCUGUGAGCUCGUGUGCCUGGAGAACACGCACAGCAGCGCAGGAGGCCGAGUCCUCCCCAUCGACUACCUCCGCCAGGUGCGCCUCCUGGCCCACGCCCACGGAGCAAGGGUCCAUAUAGAUGGAGCUCGGUUGAUGAAUGCCUCGGUGGCUCUGCGUGUGCCCCCUGCCCGCCUCGUAGAGCACUGUGACUCUGUAUCCUUCUGUUUCUCUAAGGGCCUAGGUGCACCAGUGGGGGCUCUGGUUGGGGGAUCCAAGGACUUCAUUGAAGAAGCAUGGCGCCUCCGCAAGGUCCUGGGUGGAGGCAUGCGCCAGGCUGGAGUGCUGGCUGCGGCUGCCCUGGUGGGACUGGCUGAGGCAGAGGAGGUGCUGUUAAGGGAUCAUGAGAAUGCCCAGAGAUUCGCUAAAGGACUCCAAGACCUGGCGUCACCCAUCUGCUCAGUGGAUCCUGCCACAGUGGAGACCAACAUGGUGCUGGUGCAGGUGGCUGGGCUGCCUCCCUCGGAGCUGUGCCAGCGCCUCCAGGCUGUGAGUGCUGAAGAGGUGGCUCAGACUGGCCAUGCCGUGCGUGUGCUGCUGUAUCCCUGGACAGAACAGUCCGUGCGGACAGUGUGGCACCGAGAUGUGACUCCUCAGGACACGGAACUGGCACUGAAGAAAUGGGAGUUUGUGCUGAGACAGCUGAGGUCCUGAGGCCAGGGGACCGGGGACCCUGUGGUACAACUGAAGUGGGCAGUGAGAUGCCUCAAGCCGUUAGCCUGGUGAAGAAGGUUCAUCCUCUCCGGAGGAUGAUGACGUCACCCAGCCUCUGGUUUGGUCCAGUAACUCUCCUGUGAUGGCCUCUCAUGCAGUCAGGAAUAACCAGGCAUAAAGUGGGAAAAGUUGUGACUGAAUAGCCAGAGAACCGAUAAGGAGCGAGGUCCUGGGGCUGGGUGGUGUAGCCUGGUUGCCUACUGUGCAUAAGCCCUGGCUCAGUCCCCAGCACUGUGGGUUCGAUCCCCAGCAGGUGUGUCAGAUCACAGCUGCAAUCCUAGCAUGCUGGGGGAUUAGAAGUUCAAGGUGACUCAGCUACAGAGAGUUUGGUGUAAGCCCGGGCUACAUGAGACCCUGUCUUCAAGCAAACAGAUCCUUAGUGACUGACACAAUGGAAUUACUAGAGAUGGACUGUAAAAUAAAAUAUCGAAGGCACUG